CUUUGCAAUAGUUGCUGUGCUAAUCUAUUGUGUAUAAUUUUGAUGUUGUGACUGACAAACUUCAUUACGCAUGCGCAAUGUUUAUUUGAUUGAUGAAGAUUUGAUGAUGAAUCUAAAUGAACAUAUGGUUUAUGGCAACAAUCUUCCAGCUCUGGAAUGGCAAUUCUUCAACUGGAAGUGGGUUGUUUUCGUCCAACGUCAUGUCGUUGCAAGAUUUCGAGCUAGAGCAGCUUGAAAAUGGAAUUAUCGAAAAUCCUUCGGCAUACGACAGCAGGGGAGCAACACCAGAUGGAGACAGGCAGCAAGGGUCUGUCGAUGAGGAUGUAGAAGAGAUGGAGCGGUUGAGGCAGACACAGAAGAGUGUAUUGGACUUCCUUCCCAGUUGCCAGCUGUCAACAGCGGAGGUGUCUCUUCAACGACGACGAACAAGGAAGUCCAAACAUCGCGCUCGCAUGUCACCCUAUGACAGGAAGAUAAGCUCAGGAUCAUUUGUUGGGGUGGAACAGUUGGAUGGGCCUGGAGAUGAUCAACUGCAUCCUGGACAACAGGAGCUGAAACGAAAGGCAACAUUGAAAAAAACGUCUACAAAGAUGACUGACAAACGAGCCACUAUGAAACAGAUGGGAGAUUCCCAAGCAAGACAAGAAGGAAGGCUCACACGUUGGAAAGAGUUUCGCUAUAGACUGUCUGUGGGUUGGAAACACUUCAAAGACAGAUUUCGAGAAUGGAAGUAUCAUCUCACUUUUUGGGGAGGUCACCUCAAGCAAGUUGAGAGUCUCUUUGGUACUGGAGUUGUUUCCUAUUUUAUCUUUCUUCGAUGGGUUUUUCUUACCAAUGUGCUACUUGGUUGCUUGUGGUUCUUCUUUGUAUUUAUUCCUCAUGUUUCAAUCAGUGUGAGCCCACAAAACGCGAUGACUGUCAGUCAGGCUGACAUUGAUAACUGUAUUGCAAAUGUCAAUCUCGAUAAAUCGUGUGGUUUACACAGCGAAAUAAACAGCAAACUGGACUGUUUGAAUCAAGCAGCAAAUAGUACAGAGGCAGCAACAUUGAAGUGGUACCAUUAUGUUGCAACUGUAUUUACUGGAGCGCCUCCUCUUGAAAACACUGCUCUAUUUAUGGGAGCUUAUGAGAACACUGAGCUAGAUAUCAGCGGAAGUGGUAAUUAUGACCUUCCUCUUGCGUACGUCAUCAUUGGUGGUCUCUUCUUCUUUAUCAGUUUAUUUCUUAUCGUAGUCAAAAUGGCUAGAGCAUAUCAGCAGAAUUUUGUUGAGGGUUUGUCAACAGGGAGAAAGAGUCCUUUCUUUAACUUGGUCUUUGCUGCAUGGGACUACAGUAUUACUGAUACUGAUGCAGCAAAAAUGAAGCAUCUCAGUCUAAAGAAGGAUUUAGAGGAAGUGAUCAACACUCAUCGUGCUGAGGCACAACACAGGACCCUUAAAGAGUUCUUAUGGAUUUGGACUGUUCGUUUCGUUAUCAAUUUUGCAAUUCUGGGUUUGUUAGCUAUGGCUGGUGCAGCCAUUUACUAUGCUGCUGAGGUUUCACUCGAGGCAUCUGUUGAGCAGGUUGAUCUCACGUCUUUCAAUUUUCGACUGAUUAUUAAACAAUUGGCCGCUUCUCUCACAAUUUCUGCAUUCAAUGUUAUUUACCCGUUCAUUUUUGAGCGUCUGGUUGUCUAUGAGCAAUACACCAGUCCUGUAACUGAGUUCACAUUGACGAUAUUUCGCAGUGUUGCUGUCAGAGUGUCUGGCCUUGUUGUGCUGAUGGCGACAGUACUGAGGCAAGUGGCGUGUUCUGACGACGUGGAAGCAUGUGGGAGAGUGAUAGAGACGGGAUAUUAUACGUUUAACACAAGCAUUGAAGCGUACGUCGAGAUGCAAGUAAACUGCAAAUUGUGUUGGGAGACAUACGUCGGUCAAGAAGUGUAUCGCGUUCUUGUUAUCGACUUUUUGUUCGAUACAAUUUCUACUAUUGGUGUUCAAUCCAUUCGCCACUUGCUUGCUAAGAAGGUUGAAAUUGUUAGAAGAAAACUGGGAAAGCCUGAGUUCGUUAUUGCCAAGAGUGUUCUUGGUCUUGUUUAUGCCCAAGCUUUGAUUUGGCUGGGCACGUUCUAUGGUCCUCUCAUAUCGUUAGUUGGUUGCAUACAGUUGUUUGCGACAUUCUACAUAAAGAAGUGCAGUCUGGUUUGGAACUGUAGGCCAUCAUCGCGAGCAUACAGAGCCUCUCGCACCAACAUCUACUUUUUGUUCCUGCUCCUUCUUGCUUUGUUUGGCUGUUUGAUUCCUGUCGGUUACAGCAUGGUGCAAAUACAGCCAUCACAGACAUGUGGCCCUUUUAGGAGUCAGAGACGUGUCUACAGUGUUGUGUCUAAAGAAAUUGAUAAGUCACCAUCAUGGUUUCAGGGAGUAGUUGACUAUAUUGGAUCAGCGGCGUUUGUCAUACCUCUCAUUGUAUCAAUCUGCCUUGUUGCUUUCUACUUCUACGCUCUUUCCAAAGCCUACAAGAAGAGCAUUGCAAUACUGAACCAUCAGCUUCUAAUGGAGGGUAGAGACAAGCAGUAUCUCAUCAAAGCUGUCGCCCAUCAAGAGCGGAUGUUAAAUGAACCUGCGGGGGUCAGACGAAUUGCAGAGAUUCGCGGCUUAGUGACCACAGACGAUGACAGUCUGCAAGGAUCACUUCGGCGGUCGCCCACAUCGGCUACCCAAAUACACGUUAAGCCGCAAGGUAGUGCAAACUAAUUGAUGAGGAACGUGGCCUUAGUAAGCAAGUUAAAGUACUGGAAAUAUUUUGUUGUUAUAUUUAUAUUCUAAGCUGCUGCGCGUAAUGUCAUGAACUCAAGCGGUAAGUCGUCCCUUGUUUAGUGAAAGUGAUUGUUCCUCUUGUAAUCGUUAACUCGACACCAAUUGAGUCCAUACUUUAUGCCCCA